AAUUUACCAGUUGUUGACAAUAAUAUCACAGUGAGAUCAUAGAUGUAGAUGUAAAUUCGCUCGCACUUUUGUCAUUUCCACUACGCUGCGUGAUACAGAAUCGCGAUCCCUUCAUCUAACCCUAGUCUAAUUUAAACCCUAAACCCUAAACUCUGAUUUCGUUCAGAUUUGCACACAUUUCACAUUACAUAUGUGAAUGUGUGUCGUUUAUAUUAAUUUUAGAGUCCAGAUCGAUGUUACAUACCAGCAGGAAAUAUAAUAUGGGACAGUUUCACGAUACAAUUAUGGGCACGGCUCCUCGUGUGAUAUUCGACGAGAACAGUGACAACGGAUUGGUGAUUUGCGAAAAAUACAUACCGUCUGAAUUAUUGGCAGAGAUUCUGUGUCACGCCAAUCUCAAUACCGUGCUUAAUUGUCAAUUGGUGUGCAAGCGUUGGAAAAUGUUGAUACAGAGUUACGUGUGGCGUAAAAAAGCAGAAUUAACAUUGGGCAAGUCGUUUCCGCGAUAUAAGAAGAUACCUUGGGAAGUGUUUUAUUUAAUAUGCAAGAAGAAACCGUUUGAGAAAAACUUGGUGAAGAAUCAUUCCGGUGCGAACAAGAAAAAAUAUUGGCGGAUUGUUAGGGAAGGUGGAGAUUCUUGGAAUGUUGAAGAACCGCCUGUUGGCGUGCCGGAGUUACCAUUGACCGAACCAGUGUUUGAAGGAAAACAAGUUUGCUUUGUGACAUCUUUUCAAUCCUGUCUUAAAAUGCAGCUUAUAGAUCUUGUAGCCGAGGGAUUUCAUCCUUACGUUCUGGAUGUUAUACAGCCGUCUAUAAUGGUAAGCGAAUGGUAUAGCUGCAGAUGGGAUUGUCCUGCACAAUAUGAAUGUGAAGUUAUGUUAUGGAAAGAAACUAACAAUGAUUAUGAUUUUGUAUAUUACGACAAUAGCGCAUUGUUAGAUAAGUUUGUAUUUCACGAUAGUAUAGAAGGAGAAAGACAGAAUAAAUGGAUACACGUUUCACAUGUAUUUGAAAAUUACGGACAAGGCCUCAGAAAAAUUUCCUUUUUACAUGGCGGGCAAGAUAAAUCAUUUUGGGCGGGACAUUAUGGUAGUAAAAUGGCUGGAGCAUGCGUGUACGUAAACAUUCCAUCUGCCGUUCAACAUAUUUCUGAUGAUGAAUUUGAUACACAAUUUCUAGAUGAAUAAGUUUAUUUAAUAUAACUAAAAUUACAUAUAUAUAUUUUGUGUUAAAAUUUAUAUACUUAUAUUUAUAUUA